AUGGCAGGACACAAGAAGGGAAAACGAUCACGGUCUCGAUCGUACGAAGGGCAUCAAUCGAAACAUCAAAAAGAUGAAAAAUUCGAUCAGUUACAAAAACAAAUCGAUAACCUAACAAAGGUUGUCGAGAACAUAGCGCAUUCUCAGACCAAGAUGGCUCCAACAACACCUCUUGUAGAAGAAAAUGCUUCUUAUGAUAACGUACUAAAAGUACUUGGAAUGGAUCCCACGGAUAGUAAGUUUAAACCAGUCAAAUAUCAUCCACAGCUAAAAAAUACAUGGCUGAAGUGGAAAAAGGUGGGCCUUCCAGAAAAGAACAAGAAGGAAAUUCUGGAGACUUAUGACAGAAGGAACGACUUUCAUGUUGACGCUCCCAAGUUAAAUUUGGAAAUAGAAGCUUUACUCAAAGAAAUCCCCAAAAAGAGGGAUGAACAUUUUGUAAAGACACAGAACUGUGUAGGUACGGCAAUAGCUGCUCUGGGUGCUGCAGUGUCCUUGUUGAUUGAUCCUUCAGAAGAAGGAUUAGACGAAGAAGUUUUUACGAAUUAUAUCAGCCAUGCAGGCCAAAUCCUAGUGGAGGUAUUUCAUCAGCUAUCAGUAGCUAGAAAAUCAUAUAUAACGCCACACCUAAAGAAAAGCAUUAAGCCAGUGGUAGAAACAAUGAUUUCCGAUGAGUGGCUUUAUGGAAGUAACCUGAAGCAUGCAAUAAAAGAUGCGAAAGAAAUUGAAAGGGUUUGUGCAGAUAUACAAGAAAAAAUACCACAAAAACAUAAUCAAAAAUUUCGAGAACAGGGAACCGCCAGAUACCCACCCGUGGGGUACCGUCAGGGAUACAAAAUUCCUUCUAAUGAAUUACCAUUUCAAAACAUUGCUCUUGCGGAGAGAAUAUGGCCUGUUAGAGAAACAGAAAAAAUUCAAAUAGAAAUUAAUAAACUUUUGAAGAAGGGUGCUAUUGAAGAAUGUACAGAUUGUCAAGGGCAAUUUAUAUCUUCUUAUUUUCUUGUACCAAAGCCUGAUGGUUCAAAUCGGUUUAUUUUUAAUCUUAAAGAAUUGAACAAAUUCUUAGAUCCUCCACAUUUUAAAUUAGAAGAUAUUCGAUCUGCCAUAAAUUUAUUAUCAAAACAAGAUUUUAUGGGCUCUAUAGAUCUUACAGAUGCAUAUUUUUUGGUUCCGAUACAUGAUAGUUACAAAAAGUUUCUGAGAUUUAAGUUUCAAGGAAAAUUGUAUCAAUUUUUAUGCUUACUUUUUGGAUUAUGUACUAGCCCUUACGUAUUUACAAAAAUAAUGAAACCAGUCAUACACAAAUUAAGGUUGCAAGGAAUGCUGCUGGUAUUAUAUUUAGAUGAUUUCUUAUUUAUUCAUAAAUCAAAAGCUGCUUGUGAGAAAAAUAUGGCAAAGCCCAUUCAAUUUCUAGAGCAUUUAGGCUUCAUCAUAAAUUAUAAAAAGAGUUCACUCUUAGCACGACAACAGUGUAAAUAUUUAGGUUUUAUUAUUGAUUUAAAUAGUUUUUCUCUAAACUUGACAUAUAAAAAGAAACAUCAAAUAUUGCAACUUGUAAGAGAAUUUAAGGUAGGACGAAUGUAUAAAAUCAGAAAAUUUGCAGAGUUUUUGGGAGUUUUAAGUCCAGCGUGCCCAGCUGUAGCUUAUGGUUUCAUUCAUUGUAAACGCCUGGAAAGGCAGAAAUUUCUAGCUUUGAAAUUUAACGGUGACAAUUAUGAGGAAAAAAUCUUAAUAUCUGAAGGUAUGUCAGAAGAUCUUAAUUGGUGGCAAAUAAAUACUGUCAUUGGAUCAAAUCCAAUUAGAACACAAGUUUAUUCAAUGGAAAUAUUUUCCGAUUCUUCAUUGUCAGGCUGGGGCUGUUAUUGUAACGGUUCAAAAACGUAUGGGUUUUGGAAUAAGAAAGAAGGAAAAAAUCACAUUAAUUAUCUUGAGCUGUUAGCAGCAUUUUUUGGAAUAAAAUGUUUUGCUUCAAAAUUAUCGCAAUGUGAAAUCUUACUUCGUUUGGAUAAUACAACGGCGAUUUCAUAUAUUAAUAAAGCGGGUGGCGUACGAUUUCCAAAAUUGAGUAAAUUGUCAAGAAAAAUUUGGGAAUGGUGCGAAGGGAGGAAAAUUUGGUUGAGGGCAUCCUACAUUCCAUCUGCUGAGAAUACAGAAGCUGACAAUGCGUCGCGUCAAAUUAAUAUAGAUGCUGAAUGGGAACUAUUUCAUCAUGCAUUUACAAGCAUACAAAACCAAUUUGGUUCUAUUUCAGUGGAUUUAUUUACAUCCAGGAUAAAUAAAAAAUGUAAAAAAUUCUUUUCUAGAUUUUCAGAUCCAGAAGCUUCGGCUAUAGAUGCCUUUACUAUGUCAUGGAAAAAUGAAUACUUUUAUGCUUUUCCUCCUUUCGCACUCAUUCUGCGCACGCUAAGAAAAAUUAUUAACGAUAAGGCAUUAGGCAUUGUUAGACAGGAACCAUCCACUAGCAUCCCACCUUUCACUAGUGGCAGGCAAGUUAUCUGGUCAGGGUAUCUCAAACAAGGAUUAACCGAGGAAGUUGCGGACGUUAUGGUUAAUUCUAUUACUAAUUCAACAUUAAAACAAUACGAGUGUCAUCUAAGAAGUUGGUGGGAGUUCUCUCAUUUAGAGAAUCUUGAUAUCUAUAAUGCAAAAAUUAUGGAUAUUAUUAAAUUUUUAAACAAACGUUACAAAACCGGUGCAAAUUAUAGUACGCUAAACACCGCUCGUUCCGCAAUUUCCUUAAUUUCACUUUAUGAUAUUAAUAAAGAUAGUCUGAUAUCUCAUUUCUUAAAAGGUGUGUUCAAACAAAGACCACCAAAACCGAGAUACGCAACAAUUUGGGAUGUCACUUCAGUUCUCAAUUAUAUUGAAAAUUUGCAUCCAUUAAAAGGUUUAAAAUUGAAGGAUGCUGCAGAAAAAGUUGUCACCUUAUUAGCGCUAACAACAGCUCAGAGGCUGAAAACCCUGGCACUGAUAAAUAUAGAUAACAUAAACAAAUCUGAUACAGGGAUAAAUAUUAAAAUCACAGAUCACAUAAAAACAUCAAAAGUAGGAGUUUUUCAACCAGAAUUAAUAUUGCCGUUUUUUAAAGAGAAGCCACGUUUGUGUGCAGCCACUGCAGUUUUAGAUUAUCUAGAUUGUACUAAAGAUUUGAGAAAUAGUGUCAAAAGAUUGUUUAUUGCCACUGUGAAGCCUUUUGGUACAGUGUCGUCACAAACUAUUGGUCACUGGAUCAAAACAUUGCUAGGCAAAGCUGAUGUGAAUACAGAACUUUUCACAGCAUAUAGUACUCGACAUACAGCAGUUUCUAAAGCUCAUAAACGAGGAAUAGACAUCUCAAUUAUAAGACGUAGUGCUUGGUGGUCACCCAAUUUACAAAUGAUAGUCUCCCUCCCUUACUUAACCCCCAAAUCAGUUCCUGCUAUCAUCUUCAAUAAAAGUCGUGAUAAUUCAAAGGACAGUACACAAAACAAUAUGAAGUUGGAGAGGCUAAUGAGAGUGUGA